AUGCGGUUCAUACCGUACAUUUUCCUUUUGGGCAUUGCCGUUAGUCAGGAUGUUCGGUUUGAUUGCCAUCCUGAACUAGAUGCUACCAAGGAAGAAUGUGAAAGGAGGAACUGUAUCUGGAAAGAGGACACUACGGAAGGGGCACCCUACUGCUAUAUGAAACCGGGCAUUGGUUAUAAGCUUUUUAAUAAAACAGAUGAUGUGAGAGCACUUACAAAAAACGACGGACCAAAGAGCCCUUGGGAUACAGAUUUCACGGAAAUAUUUUUUGCUUCAAAAUACAUUGGAAAAACUCUGAAUGUCAAAAUCUACCGUCCUAACAGAUACGAGCCACCACUUGAUCUGCCACUUGAGGAAUCCACGUCGAGUGAAGAAUUAGAGGUCACUGAUUAA